AUGUCUUAUCACACAGAAGCCAGCAGGUGGAAUGCCUACCAAUUUAACGACCCGUUCGCAGCGGACAAGUUCUUUGUUUGCAGCAGACGCACUAACACAUGUUGCCGUCCGAACUGUGGACUGGGGUUCAACCAUUCGAAUGAGAAGAGCGAUGUUUCUUUCGUCGAUACCAUAGAGGAAGCUGAGCAAUUGGGCUUCUCUAAGUGCCGCUUUUGCAUUGCCCCGAACCACGGGGGCGAUAUCAAUACCCUGCAAGUGGAUGUUAACCUCCUGGUCCGAACUGUGGAGCAUGUCAACCACCAAAUCGGGUUCAUGCCUCCAUUGUUGGAUGAAGAAGAGGAGAAGGAAAACACCAUCAAGCACAGUUUCAUCAAGAAUAAGAUUGUCGGCAGGAGGCAGAGCGUCCCCGACAUCUCGGAUUCUGGCAAUGGGCUCAGCAAGAACGAAAACGAUCAUCUUAAGCUGAUUGACCUGGCAUGUCGUCACAUCGCCUUGGCUGCCGCUUGUGCUCUGAUGUCCUCCAAACAUGCCUCUGCAGAGGAGGCUCUCAUGUCCUCAUCCAACGCCGAUGAGAACCGAAAGAGGCGGAAGCGCAGAGGAGGAGUGUUGGGUUUCAAGGAGUUAGCUGCCAAAUCCAAACUAUCUCCAUGGCACUUUCAUCGUGUCUUCAAAUCUGUUGCUGGUCUAACGCCGAAGGCGUACGGAGAUCGUUGCUGCGAAUAUAUCAGACAGCACGACGAGAAAUACGGUGUAUUAAUUAUGCCUGGAAGCACAGAGAGAUCUAACUCAGUGAUUGAGAUUAACACACAAAUUGCUAACCCAUCUUCUCCCAAAAUGCAUAACAGCCAAGUCGAACAGGCGGAGUCUGCUUCGAUGCGCCCUUCCUCAAGCGAAAGAAAUCAGCAUUCCCACAACGCUAACUUGGUGGCUCCUUCUACUGCAAACUCCACCACCAGCACCAGCACGAACACACAGACACUCCCAGCUUCUAACAUCUCCAGCUCUCCAGCUAGCACUGCUGUAUUUGAGAUGGACCACAACACCAUAUUCGAUGAAAGACCAGCUAGUGCUCCCACUUCUGGGUUCAUCAGCCCGGUUUCUUACAUUUCAAGCUCCGAGAAAAUGCCGCAGGUGAAUGUCGACUUCAACCAAAUGGACUUUAACAACGACAUAUGGUCAAUGCUGCAAAACGAUCGUGCGCCCUCUCGCCAACGGGGACAUUACCGUUCCUUUGCAGCACCUGAAACGAUGAUGGACGAUUAUUUAAAACAAGAUAACUACGACAUGAACUUUGAUUUUGGAACCGAGCCUUCGAGCCCUGUUGUGGGCCAGUCCCAGCCAGACUUUGUUUUUAACUCCAGUGUAUUCCAGGUAAAGCCUCAAGCACAGCAGCAUUCCAUUUCCGAGGCACUCUCUCCUCGCUUAGAGACUUCACUGGGAGACGAAGAUGAUAAUUACAACCCAUUAUCUUUAGAAUUGGAGAUACUGAAUCAAACGCAGCCGUUUCUGAUGGAGGAUCGCACCCCCGCUGUGGAAAUUUCCACUCCCCAGUGA